AGCUUUCUAUGUGUGUGUGUAGAAAGCGCCGGCACAAAGCACAGUAAUCGCAACAUUCUUUCAGUUCUGUUUCAAACGUCAAGAGAGAAAAUUUGAAAGCAAUAAGCUUAAGGCAAAGUUUCAAUUUUUUUUUUGUUUAGUGUCGUGGACUAAACAUUAAGACUAGUAAUUAAAGGAACUCUGCAAAUAAAAUGAAAUUGUGCAUUUUACUGGCCGUCGUGGCCUUUGUUGGCCUCUCACUCGGUGAGGAAAAGAAGGAGAAGGACAAGGAGCUGGGCACUGUUAUCGGUAUCGAUCUGGGAACCACAUACUCAUGCGUUGGCGUUUACAAGAAUGGACGUGUUGAGAUCAUUGCCAACGACCAGGGUAAUCGUAUUACGCCCUCGUACGUGGCAUUCACUGCCGAUGGCGAGCGUCUGAUUGGUGAUGCCGCCAAAAAUCAGUUGACCACCAAUCCCGAGAACACUGUCUUCGAUGCUAAGCGUUUGAUUGGUCGCGAAUGGUCCGACACCAAUGUGCAGCACGACAUCAAAUUCUUCCCCUUCAAGGUGGUCGAAAAGAACUCCAAGCCUCACAUCAGCGUCGACACAUCGCAGGGUGCCAAGAUCUUUGCUCCCGAAGAGAUCUCCGCUAUGGUGUUGGGCAAGAUGAAGGAAACCGCUGAAGCCUAUCUGGGCAAGAAGGUCACUCAUGCCGUUGUCACAGUGCCAGCAUACUUCAACGAUGCUCAGCGUCAGGCGACCAAGGAUGCCGGUGUCAUUGCCGGACUCCAGGUGAUGCGUAUCAUCAAUGAGCCAACAGCGGCUGCUAUUGCCUACGGUCUGGACAAGAAGGAAGGAGAGAAGAAUGUGUUGGUCUUCGAUUUGGGUGGCGGUACUUUCGAUGUCUCCCUGCUGACCAUUGAUAACGGUGUCUUCGAGGUGGUGGCCACCAAUGGUGAUACCCAUUUGGGCGGUGAAGAUUUCGAUCAGCGUGUCAUGGAUCAUUUCAUUAAGCUGUACAAGAAGAAGAAGGGCAAGGAUAUUCGCAAGGACAACCGCGCUGUGCAGAAACUGCGUCGUGAGGUCGAGAAGGCAAAGCGUGCCCUGUCUGGUUCCCAUCAAGUGCGCAUCGAAAUUGAAUCUUUCUUCGAGGGUGAUGACUUCUCCGAGACAUUGACACGUGCCAAGUUCGAGGAGCUGAACUUGGAUCUCUUCCGUUCCACAUUGAAGCCAGUGCAGAAGGUGCUCGAGGAUGCUGACAUGAACAAGAAGGACGUGCACGAGAUUGUGCUGGUCGGUGGCUCCACUCGUAUUCCCAAGGUCCAACAGCUGGUCAAGGACUUCUUUGGCGGCAAGGAACCAUCUCGUGGUAUCAAUCCCGAUGAAGCUGUUGCCUACGGUGCUGCCGUCCAGGCUGGUGUGCUCUCUGGCGAACAGGAUACAGAUGCCAUUGUGCUGCUCGAUGUCAAUCCACUGACCAUGGGCAUUGAGACCGUUGGCGGUGUGAUGACUAAACUGAUUCCACGCAACACUGUCAUUCCCACCAAGAAAUCGCAGGUGUUCUCCACCGCCUCCGACAACCAGCACACUGUCACCAUUCAGGUGUACGAGGGCGAGCGUCCCAUGACCAAGGAUAACCAUCUGCUCGGCAAAUUCGAUUUGACCGGCAUCCCACCAGCACCACGCGGCAUUCCCCAGAUCGAGGUCUCCUUCGAGAUUGACGCCAACGGCAUUCUGCAAGUGAGCGCUGAGGAUAAGGGCACCGGCAACAAGGAAAAGAUUGUGAUCACCAACGAUCAGAACCGUUUGACGCCCGAGGAUAUCGAUCGCAUGAUCCAUGACGCCGAGAAGUUCGCCGAUGAGGACAAGAAGCUCAAGGAGCGCGUCGAGUCACGCAACGAACUGGAAUCCUAUGCCUACAGUCUGAAGAACCAGAUUGGUGACAAGGAAAAGCUGGGUGCUAAGCUGAGCGACGAUGAGAAGACCAAGCUGGAAUCUGCCAUCGAUGAGUCGAUCAAAUGGCUGGAACAGAAUCCCGAUGCCGAUCCAGAGGAGUACAAGAAACAGAAGAAGGAUCUGGAGGCCAUUGUUCAGCCCGUGAUUGCCAAGCUGUACCAAGGAGCUGGCGGUGCACCACCACCAGAGGGCGGCGAGGCUGGCGAUGAUCUCAAGGAUGAGCUGUAAGCCGCAGCUUUGAGCCGAGAGUGAUCGUCGCGGGGAGUAGUGGACGGAUUGAUUAUAUAAAUAGUUUCAGACUGAUAAACAAUUAUAAACUUAAUUGCAACAAGAAGAAUACAAGUAAAUAAUUAAACAAACAAACCGAGAAUCCAGUAAACAAAUUAACAAGGCAACAGCAAAAGAAAUCUAUCACAAGCACACCAAAUCCCCAAAGCAACAAAACAGCAGAAAAAAAAGAGAGAAAGAAAAAUAGCUUAACAAACAGCUCAAACAACACAAAUCGCCGCACUCUAAAUUCCUUGUAGCACAUUAUAUUUUUUGUUUUGUUUUUUUUUUUUUUAUUUCUAUUUCGUAUUACUAUACUAUUAGUUUUUUUUUUUUGUUUUUUCAUUUAAAUUAUAAUUUGUGAAAACAAAAAAAAAAAGAAUUCCUUUCGGGCCUAGAAUCACAAAACCGAGCAGAGAGAAUUUUAGGUAGGUUGGGGAGAGAUAAUGAUAACGAUAGAACGUUUGUAUGAUUAUGAUUAUAAAAAUAUGUCAAGUAGAAUAUGGGGUGAGAAUCAUGUGUGUUCCUCGCAUUCCUUUAACAAAAACAAAAAGAAACCACAAUGGCCAAUCAAUUCCCUCAAAAUCCCGAAAACUGUAUAUUUUUUGAUAAAAACGAUAAACGCUAAUCUUCUAAUUGAGGAAUCACAAAUCAAUAGGUUAGCUUACAAGUUAUAAACAAUCUUAUUAAGCAAGAAAAAAAAAAACAAAAUACAAAAUGUUAUAUGUAUAAGAAAGAGCGCGUGACAAGAGAGAGACAA